AUGAGGGGUUUCACAUCAAUUUGCAUCCUUUUCUUCUUUCUCACCACUUCGGUGAAUGGUUUCACAACCAAAAAGAGAGAGCAAGGAGGACACAAAUUUCAACCAGUCAAUGUUGGAAAAGAUGACAAGGGUCAACAGGAGAGCGUUCCUGCUACCUCUCCCGCCGCCCCUCUUUUUGCAUUCCCUCCAAGCUCGGCUGUCUCUGCCAUUCCUGUCAUUUACGAAGACGAAUUGGACGAAGACAUUAAUAUUUCCUACGGAGUUGCACUUGUUUCCUGUGCUCUUUCCUUGGCACUUGGGUUCGGAUUUGGGUACGGAGUAUAA